CCUCCCACUGCAGGCUGCGCGACGAUGAAAGAGACCAGGUGAUAUUUCACUGCUCAGAUACCGAGCAUCUUCUCCUGGGGAUGCUGAAGCGAAGCGGGCGGGGUCCUAUUCUUGCAGUGUUAUCCUUUUUUUCCCACUCGCAGCGUAAUGUGCAAGACAUCCGAGCGCGGACUGUGAGAUCUGAGGACGUUUGAAGAAACCGAAAUUCGACAAACUGGGGAAAUAUUUCCGUUUUUGUUUCACCACUCCUUUGAUCCGCCAUGGAACCAUAGUCUGUCGUUCUGGGGCAAUAUAAAAUAAACUUGAUUUCAAGAUCCAGCUUCGCGGACAUAUUUUUUUAACCCAUUGGUGGACAGUUUGGGACCACAGAGGUGUGAGGAUAGUGAACAAUUUCCAGAAUUUUGAUUUUGGAUUUGAAAAAUUAAUUAAAAGCUAUAUAGGCUAUUUUGCUGGUUUAAUUAAACGCCAUAAUCAUGGCGUGGCCGUGCAUCUCCCGGGCUUGCUGUAUGGCCCGCUUUUGGAACCAGUUUGACAAAGCUGACAUUGCGGUGCCUUUGGUUUUCACCAAGUAUUCCGAUGUGUCCGAAAUGCAGCACCUCACUUUGCACCACCAGCAAAAGCAGCCGCCGCAUCCCCAGGCGCGGGCGAGCGCAGUCGCCAUAGAAACGCAGCCGUCCCAUAGCGACCAGGAGGCAGUAGCCAAGGCGGCGCCCGCGACGGGUACCGCUGCGCCCGACGAGUGCUCGGGCUCAUCGGUGAUGCGCCAGGACUUCAAACACUGGAAAGUACGUCCCGAGCCUAGUUGCAAACCCAAGAACGAAUAUCACGUUUCCGAGACCCCGUUUAACAACGAGACGCAGUAUCAGAAAGAUUACAAGCCGUGGCCUAUUCCGAGAAGGGGUGACCAUCCUUGGAUUCCCAAACCGAGCCCCGUGAUUUCUGCGCCCGACGACCGAGCUGCACAGAGAUCCAAGCAUGCCCAGGCGCCCGCGGAAGUCGACAGCGGGGUGGAGAAAAGCGAAAUCGCCGACAAGGUGCAAGAGAAGGAGAUUCUGUCCGGUGAGAGGAAAAAGAGACACGGAAAGAAAACUACAGAGGAGAAGGUAGUUGUAGCUGCGGCGGGAAUCAAAACGGACGCGCAGCCUCAAGAUGUCCCCGUAGAGGGCAAAGGGAGGGCCGCCGCGGACGCGGUGAAUCGGCAGAUAAAAAAGGAAGUUAGCACUGGGAGCUCGUAUAGGAACGAAUUCAGAGCCUACACAGACGUGAAGCCCGUCAAGGCCUUCAAAGCCAAGUUCCAGUACCACCCCCCCGACGAGAGGGCCUGCCUGGAGACCAGCUACAGCGCCACCUACAGGGGCGAGCAGGGCAAGCAGGACGGGGACCCCCGAGCCCAGGACCACAGGAGGAUACGGAGCCUUUACAGCGAGCCCUGCAAGGAGGCCAGCAAAGUGGACAAGCCCAGCGUCCCCCGGGCCAAGGUCAAAAAGGCGACGUCGUCGGGCCACGGCAAAGCAACGAAGAAGGCCAAGGAGAAGCAGCCCGUGUCUGUGCGCGGCGCCAAGAAAAAGGCGUCGGAAAACCGGCCAGAGCCCAAACCAGAGGAGGGGGACAAGGAGAAAAGUAAAGAGAUGAACAACAAACUGGCUGAGGCAAAAGAGUAAAAACCAUUGCACUUCUAUUCUUCUUCUGGGAAAAAAAUAAAUAAAACAAAGGCUGCAAAAUUAAUUAGAGGGUUCUCAUCCCCUUAACCUUGUCUCUCUAUCUUUAUUUCCUAUCUAUCUCCCUCUCUACCUCUCUCCCCUCCCUUUCUCUGUCUCUCUUUCCUAUCUCUCUCUCCCACUCUUUUCUCCUCUAUCCCCUCUCUUUCCAUUCUCUUUCUUAUCUCUCUCCCUCCUUAUCUCUCUCUCUCCCACUCUUCCCUUCCCAUUCUCUCCUCUCCAUCUCUCUCCCCUUCCUUCUCUCCCUCUCUCUCUCUGUCUGUCUCCUAGUUCUCUGUAAUCAGAGCGUAGAAUGAUAAAUGUCAGGUUUAUUAAUUUAUUUUUUUGACAUGACGUAUCGCUUCACUGUCGCACGUUGCAUCAGUUCGCCCAGCACGAAGGGGGGGGCGGGGAGUGCGUUCAUCCGCCAUCGCAUCCGCUUCCUCCUCCUCCUCCCCCGACCCCCCGCUCAUUCCAUGGUCUCCAUGGCUACCGCCCCACUCGCUAGCCAAUGGACGCUCUGCAUUGAGGAUUGGAUGUUGCAUGGAGCUCUCAACGAGCAGAUCUGUAUGGCUGGCUUGCGGCACCUGCUCAGAUUGUUCUGUUUGUAUUUAUCAAUUUGCUUUUUUUGUAUUGCAGUUGAACCUCCUAAACUCAGGGGGCGCUGUCACAACCAAAAGCCAGCUGGAUUUAAAUCUGUUUUAAAUUUUAUGCAAGGUUUUUUUUUUGUUUUUUUUUUUUAAGAUAUUCAUAUUUAUGUUAGAUGUUUAUAUUUGUAGGGAAAAAAAGCUUUGAUAAAUGUGAAGUGUUUGGAAGUGUGCUGAUUCCAGAUCAGCUGUUCUGUCUGCAGUGCCUCCUAUCUAUUCCCUCUCAAACCUGAAGGCACUGACCUGAGGACAGAGUGAAAAAGGCAUUGCAUACUGGCACGUCUCUGGUGCUUUCAGGUCUUCCCUACACGCCCUAAAUAUGCAUUUUAUGUAUAGUUCUUCAGACUGUGUAAUUUACUCCUCCGUUAAAUUCAAACCUUCGGCCUAUUGUGAAGUAUUUGAGUGUUCAGACAUCGUUAAUCCCUAAAUGGCCUAUGAUGGGUACAUCUGCAUUUUGGACCUUUUCCGUAUUGAAUUGCUCCGAAGGUCACACGCUGGUCCGGGGCCUAAUUGAGGAUAUCAGCUUUCAUGGGUCUGGUUGCCAGGGAACCAACUCGGUUACUGUAACAGGAUUAGCCCUUACUGGAUGUGCCCGCCUCCUUUGGAACCUUUGAUUAGUGAUAGAUUCUGUCAUUCUCGUGAGGUGGGCCCGUCAGAGUACACUGUGAUCAGAAUGAGCACGUCGAAAAUUAAGUGGGGAAAAAUGCAGCAUAUAGAUUCUUUAGGGAAAUUGUAAGUGAGAAAAUAAAUAAUAAACAACAACAAGGCCAUUUUUUUACACUGACGUGAUUAAGCUUGACAUUUUAGAAAAAAACGCUAGAGUAAGCAAUGAGGUGAUUGGCUAUCGGAUGAUUCCAGGCUGGGGGGAGGGGCCUUCAGCAUAGGCCAUAUGCUGCACAGUCAGAACCUGCAGUGGACCUACUCAAUGCCGCCCUCGCAGUCGUAGUCACAGUCUGUCCUCACUAACGUGAUUUAUGGGGACUGUCCCUGAGGACCCCUCUGGACAAGCAGAUGGGACCCCCCCC